CGGAACGAGCAGUCACGAAGAGGAAUUUCAGAGCGGUUUUAGUCGAGACUUUUCUUUAGAUUUACGCCAGUAUGCAAGAUUCAGAGAGAGAAGCACUUCGUAAAAACAGGCAGGCUUUGUUAAAGGAUAUAGAGGCAAAAAAGAUCGCGUCUCGGCUUUUUUCCUAUAACAUUUUCAGUGUAGAAGACAAAGACGAAGUCAACUCCAAAGAAACCAAGAACGAUCAAGGAGAGGCUUUAUUAGACAUUCUUCCACGUAAAGGACCAAAAGCUUUCAAGGCAUUCUGUGACGCUUUGCACGAUGUCUCUCCUCAUUUGGAGUCACUUCUAAGGCCAAUUCAAGCAGAGGGUAUGCCAACUGAAGGUACUGAUGGUGGAAUCAGCACCAAGAAACCUAUUCCAAGCACUGUCAAUCCAGGAGCAGCAGAAAAAGAAAACCAAGUAGAACAGGUAGAACAAGAAAUUGAUCAUCCACAGCCUCCAGCAGACAUUUGUGUUUGCGAUGAUUCAAUUUACAGAAUGGCUCACCAACCCAGAGGCAUAGCUGUCAUUAUAAAUAACAAGACAUUCCAAGAAAAAACCAGACAGAUGUCACGUGAAGGCACAGAUCUAGAUCGGGAUGCUCUGAAAAAGCUUUUUCACAAGCUCCUGUUCAAAUUGGAGGUCCAUAAUAACAAAACCUCUGCUGAAAUCCUAGAGAUUGUGGAGAAAAUGUCAAAACUAGAUCAUUCAAACUAUGAUGCUUUCAUAUUCUGUAUUUUGUCACAUGGUGAAGAAGGUGUGGUGUAUGGAACAGAUGAUACUGUUCCAGUGGAGAAAAUAACCUCCAGGUUCAAAUCUACAGCUUCAUUGGCUGGUAAACCAAAGAUCUUCUUCUUCCAAGCUUGUCAAGGUCAGAAGUUUAUGGAAGGAGUUGAUAUUCCAGAUGGUGCUCAGCAUGGCAAGAAAGCAUCUGUCCCAGUGGGGGCAGAUUUUUUAUUUGCACACUCCACUGUAGCAGGGUACUAUUCCUGGAGGAAUUCUUCCAAUGGAUCAUGGUUUAUUCAGUCUGUAGCAAAAGUGUUGAGAGAGAAUGCUGACCAUAUGGAUCUCCUCAAAAUGCUGACAAGGGUCAAUUCCAUGGUAUCUGAGUUUGAGUCGCGUUCUCACAUUCCCAUGUUUAAGAACAAGAGGCAGAUACCCUGUAUUGUUUCAAUGCUGAGAAAAGACUUUUACUUUUUCCCUGAAAAACUUGGUCACACAGAAUUGAUCAAUCAAGAGAGGAAUGGUGGUUCAAUUUGCUCACGAUUGCAAGCAAAAAGCAAGAAAGUUCAGCUAGAACAUGCAGAUCAAGCUGAUGCUAAAUUGUUUUCAUUUGGAGGCAGCUCUGGUUCCAAACCCUCCUCCAAUACUUUGGACACGGAGACUGUAUACAAGAUGGACCAAGGAACGCGGGGAAUUGCCAUCAUUAUUAACAACAAGGAGUUCCUGAGGAGUUCAGGAAUGGAUCGGUAUCCUCGCAAUGGAACAGACGUCGAUCGAGAUGGUUUGAGUAAGCUUUUCAGAAUGCUUAAGUUUGAAGUGAGGGUUUACAAUAAUCGUACCAAGGCUGAGAUACGUAACAUUGCAAAGGAGAUGGCGAAUUACAACCAUUCCAACUACAAUGCCUUUAUUUUCUCGAUCCUUACUCACGGUGAAGAGGGUGUGAUUUAUGGUACAGACGGGACCCUUACCAUCAAGGAAAUCACAUCAGAGUUCAAAUAUUCUGCGUCUUUGGCCGGGAAGCCUAAACUCUUUUUCUUCCAAGCUUGUCAAGGCCACGAGUACAUGGACGGUAUGGACGUAACAGACGCCCCGCAAGAUAAUCGAGUCUCUGUCCCAGCUGAGGCAGACUUCCUUUAUGCCUACUCCACUGUGCCCGGUUACUACUCAUGGAGGAACUCUGUCAAUGGAUCGUGGUUCAUUCAGUCGCUGACAAAGGUGUUUGAAGAUAACGCGGAGCGCAUGGAUAUCCUCCGCAUGCUGACCCGUGUCAACGCCAUGGUGUCCACCUACAAGUCGCGAACUGGCGACUAUUACUCUGACAGCAAGCGCCAGGUUUCUAGUAUUGUUUCCAUGUUGCGCAAGGAACUGUAUUUCUUCCCUGAAAACAUCGAGCGCAGUUAAAUCAGACCGUGUUGUUACUUAAUUUGGAUUGUAUUAAUGUGAGUAAUUUACUUAGUAUUGAUGAUUUAAGGGAGUCGUGCCUAGACUUGAAGGAUGUCUAAAGAACUACGUCAAAAUAUUUAAAGUCAUGUUUUGUCUUGGGAAAAAUUUCCUUCCCCUUGAAAGAGAUUUAAAAAUAUAGAAACAAAUACAAAAGAUGUAAUAAUAAACGGAGAGGAAAUGAGGUCAGCUAAGGAUGGAGAAAAAUAAAAGGUUUUGAGAUGUCAAACCUGAGAAAUGUAGUCUAAUUUUUUCAAGAUCCAUAAAGCUGGCCGGCACAUUAAUAACAACAUCUUGAGAAAGUUUGGAUUAAUUUUAUCUUUGCGAAGAUGCAUCAUUAACCAGUAAAUGUUUGGUGUUAGCUUAUCUUCUUUCGUCUUUAUCUCUUCCUCCACAUGACUGAAAUUAUCUUGACGUAGGUCUUCUGACGCAAAGGCUCAGGAGCCCGGCUCUCGAAAGGCUCGGUUACAUUAUGGUCCCGAAGCCAUUCUAACGAAUAGCAUUGUGGGUCUCAGCUCAAAAACGAGGCCAUUCUUUACGUUUCCUGAAAUUUCAUCGCGCGCCUGAGUCUUAAAUGUAAACACGAGAAUUAAAAGGCCUUUCACGUGCACGGUGAUUAUAGGGACUUUCGAGAAACGGGCUCAUGGAUAGACAUAUCGAAAGUGUCAUGUCGCUUUGGUGUUCUUUGAAUUUUGGUGGAUUUUUUGGUGUGUUUAGGUCCAAAAGAAGUUUGUUCAUCGGUGAUAUUAAUGUAGUGUUUAUAGUAGACUUCAAAAGCUGAUUUCCAAGCUGAAAGAUACAGAUUAUUGCCUUUAUUCUUGCCUAGUAGGGUUACUUUUCUUUCUAAAGGUUUCCCUUUUAUAACGAAUAUCUAGUAUUGUCGCGCUUCCAGCGGAAGUGAGAUCAAAUUAGUUAUUGAGCUUGUUUGUAUUACCUAUUCGAAACAAGCAUUUGUAGGUUUGGUCUCAGAUGAAAAUUUGAUUAUUUUAGUGUGGAGUAGAUUUCUCAUGAAACCUAUGUUAUGCCUAAAAUUGGUUACUACUGCUGUAAUGAUUUUCGGUCUUCCUUUCACAACAGAAAUGUACUGUUUUGUUUCUUAUGUAUAUCAAAAUUAAAGAAAUAGUGAUGUCAUUUUCCUCG